CUUAAAUACUGCAGAAGCGCACAAACUCCUUAUUAUCAAUGGAGCCCUUUCAAGCCCCGCGCGAGGCUGACGCCAUCACACCAUGCACCUCCCGAAUAACGCGAUCCGCCAAGCCAGUGAAUUCCAGCCGCAUGAAUAAACUCCACUCCCAUCUAUCACAGAGCCCGAGGCGAUGCUCCUUGCGCGACGGUCUUCCUUUACCGGUACUUUUAUCUUGGAGAGGUUUCUGAGAUUACUGCCUCCGCUUUCCUCAUCCGCAGCUAUGUCGUCGCCUGAUGCCGCGCUGCAGAAGAUAGAGCAGGCGAGGGCGCUUAUCGAGGAUGCCAAGGCGCUUAUAGAGGAGAAAGGGGAGGCGGAGAAGGAAAUCUUAGAAUUGAAAAAGAAACUCGCAGACAGAGAGCGCGAACUACGUUCCAAAGACCGGGAACUCCAGCAAAAGGACCAAGACCUGAAGCGCAAGGACAGGGAAAUAGCGCGCAAAGCAGAGUUGCUGGAGAAGUCAAAGCAGCCCAUCAAAACAUUCAUUCAAAAAGAGAUCCGGCAGAGUUACCGUGCUGUGGCGGAGGCGAAGCAAGCGCAUGCCCAAGCUCCGUCAAAGUAUACGGCAGGGUUUGUCGAGUUGGCCAAGGGGAGUCAUGCUGAGUAUGAGGAGUUGUUCAAGCGGCUGGCGAGCGCGGCGGGGAUAGAUUAUGGAGCGUUGGAGAUUGAUCUGGAAGGCUUGGAGAGUGAUGUUGCGGUAGAAGGGAAGGCGGAAAUUGCUAGACCUGCUGUGAUCCGGAAAGCAACACCGAGAGAGCCGUUACAUGCCAGCAGAUAUGCGGACAGGACGAAGAAGCUUGAAAGACGGGAUUCGGGCACUGCCGUUCAAUAGAGGACGGCUCCUGAAGGUUUCAGCUAACUCGUAUAAUUGACUUGUUGCUUCGCCAAUUAUGUAGGACCGUAUUUCAAGC